UCCCUCUCCUCUUUCAUGGGCGGAUAUUUCAACCACUCUCCCUUUCUCUUCAGUGUUUGGUAGAGACUAGAGAGAGAGUGAGACUGCGGGCGGACUGCGGAGGGGUCUCUCGGAUAUUUAUAGAGAGAGAGGGAGACAGAGACAGAGUCGUUCCAACUUCUAAUAGAGAGGGAGAUCUGUUCUUACUUCAUCAGUGAGAGAGAGAGAGAGGCAGAGACGAACCAUGCAGAGUGGAACCCUAGCCUUCUCGCCCUGCCACCCUUUCCUGAGAAGCAGGAACAUACCAAGAGGACUGACCUCGCUUACCCAUCACUCCAAUAAUCUCCCCCUCCCCACAAGGCGUCUGGAUCUCAGAGCAAGACAUGAGCAGCAUGAUCAUCUGCCAUCGAAACCUGCUUUCGACCCCCUCGUCUCCACUUUUCCCGCGGUGUCUCCAGUUGUGUGCAAGAACGGGAGGAAGGAUUUCACUGUAAAGGCGAGCUCCGUGCCGGAGAGCGUCGGAGGAGACUCGGCUUCGGCGGAGAAGGGGGGAUCCGGUGGCAUUGCCCAAACUCUGGUUCUCGGAUCUCUCUUUGGUCUUUGGUAUCUCUUCAAUAUCUAUUUCAAUAUCUACAACAAGCAGGUUUUGAAGGUUUAUCACUUUCCGAUAACAGUCACAACUUUGCAAUUUUCUGUUGGAAGUGUUAUUGUUCUCUUCAUGUGGGCAACGGGGCUGUAUAAGAAACCAAAAAUUAGUGGCUCACAGCUGUUGGCAAUCUUACCAUUGGCAGUAGUCCACACCAUGGGGAAUCUUUUUACCAAUAUGAGUCUUGGAAAAGUUGCUGUUUCCUUCACGCAUACAAUCAAAGCAAUGGAGCCCUUCUUCUCUGUUCUCCUUUCUGCAAUGUUCCUUGGCGAGUUUCCAACAGUUUGGGUUGUUGCUUCGCUCCUGCCAAUUGUUGGUGGAGUAGCAUUGGCAUCGAUGACUGAAGCGUCUUUCAAUUGGGCUGGAUUUUGGAGUGCUAUGGCUUCUAAUGUUACAUUCCAAUCCCGUAAUGUGUUGAGCAAGAAGUUCAUGGUCAAGAAGGAGGACUCCCUUGACAACAUAAACCUCUUCUCAAUCAUAACAAUUAUGUCAUUUUUCUUGUUGGCUCCUGUAACCAUAUUCACUGAAGGCAUCAAGUUCACCCCUGCAUAUCUUCAGUCGGCUGGUUUGAAUGUUAGAGAGCUAUGCACAAGGUCCCUCUUGGCCUGCAUUUGUUUCCAUGCUUAUCAGCAGGUCUCAUACAUGAUACUUGCUAGAGUGUCACCUGUAACUCAUUCUGUCGGCAACUGUGUGAAGAGGGUUGUGGUUAUUGUGACAUCCGUUCUCUUCUUCAGGACCCCAGUCUCACCUAUCAACUCAUUAGGCACCGGAGUGGCAUUGGCUGGAGUGUUUCUGUAUUCACGUGUAAAGCGCAUAAAGCCAAAGCCUGAAGCCAAGGCUGCCUGAGUUUACUGCCAUUUUAGUGAUUUAGGGUUUUGUUUUCUAAUAUUUUCCAUGAAAGAAAAGAAGAGCACAAGCAACUGAGCUUUGAGUAGUGAAACUGCUCAACAUUGCCUGUAUUGAUUUGCUGCUUUCUCCUCUGAAAGUUUUGUUGGGAGCCUUGUUUGUUUAGCAUCAACUUGUGCCUUAAAAUGCUUACUUCGCUAGCAAGGAAAUGGGAAAAAGAAGAAAAAUUUGUUGUUUCAA